AGACUCAGAUCCCAGUCAUGUUGUCCAAUCAAAGAGCAGUGGUCCCUAUUCACUCGCCACUAAAACCCUCUUCACUUCUACACUUCUAGUCUAGAGCCGACCAGAAGCCCACCUCUCCUCAUCUCUCCAUCAGAUCUCUCUCAAACCAAUUCUACUUUCUUUUCCAAAGAGGUUUCUUGAAAAUGGCUGAAUCAAAAUCAGGAUUGCGGAAACCUGUAUUCACCAAGAUUGACCAGCUCCGCCCAGGCACCAGUGGGCAUACUCUCAAUGUGAAGGUUGUUAGUACAAAGAUGGUCUUGCAGAAGGGCCGUUCUGAUGGUCCUCAAGUACGCCAGAUGCGAAUUGCUGAAUGUUUGGUAGGAGAUGAAACUGGAAUGAUUAUCUUUACUGCUAGAAAUGAUCAAGUGGACUUGAUGAAAGAGGGAACUACUGUAACCCUUCGCAAUGCAAAAAUUGACAUGUUUAAAGGAUCCAUGAGACUUGCUGUGGACAAAUGGGGACGUGUUGAAGUAACUGAACCUGCCAGCUUCACUGUGAAGGAGGAUAACAACCUGUCACUGAUUGAAUAUGAACUUGUGAACGUAGUUGAAGAGUGACUUCUUUGUGCAACGUUGCCAGCAUUACUAGAUGAUGAUAUGAGAAUAAAAAACAAAUCCAGCAAAGCAAAUUACUGGACGUGUCUUGUCCAAAAAUGCCUGUGAAAGUUCACAUUUAGGAAGAAGAAAUUUGCAAGUUAGUACCGCACUAGUUGCUUUUACUUUGACGGCAGAUCCAGCACAACCCGGCGAGUUAAAGCAGUUGCCUUUGGAAACUUAGCAUGGUUUGCUUGCUAAUCGAACUUAUUACAGAUAUCAAAUUUAUCAAGUGUAUGUUGCUGUACUCGGUUUAUUAUGGUUCAAUGCUUAAUCUUUCUAUUUAAGGUAGCA